CAACUUGGUACAAGACCUCUUGUCUUCUCUCCCCAUCCCGCAACAACAACCACGAAGCCACCUCGAAAUCAUUCAAGAUGGCACGAAGACCCGCGAGAUGCUACCGUUACUGCAAGAAUAAGCCCUAUCCCAAGUCCCGAUUCAACCGUGGUGUCCCCGAUCCAAAGAUCCGUAUCUUUGAUCUCGGCCGAAAGCGUGCGAACGUCGACGAGUUCCCCCUCUGUGUCCACUUGGUCUCCAACGAGUAUGAACAAUUGAGCUCUGAGGCUUUGGAAGCUGCCCGUAUUUGCGCCAACAAAUACUUGGUCAAGAUUGCCGGAAAGGAAGGUUUCCAUCUCCGUGUCCGCGCCCACCCUUACCAUGUCGUCCGAAUCAACAAGAUGUUGUCCUGCGCCGGUGCCGAUAGAUUGCAGACUGGAAUGCGUGGUGCUUGGGGUAAGCCCAACGGAACUGUUGCCCGUGUCAACAUUGGUCAAAUCAUCCUGAGUGUCCGAACUCGUGAUUCUCACCGCGCAACCGCUCUCGAGGCUCUUCGACGAUCACAAUACAAGUUCCCUGGCCGCCAAAAGAUCAUCGUUUCCAAGAACUGGGGCUUCACUCCUCUCCGCCGUGAAGAGUACAUGGAGAAGAAGGCUGAAGGCAAGCUCUUGGUCGACGGUGCCUAUGUCCAGUUCUUGUCCAACAAAGGAAAGCUGGCCGACAACAUCCGAAGAUUCCCUGCUGCUUUCCAAGAAGCUUAGGUGGGCGGCUGAUGGUGCGUGGCAAUUGGGAAAGAAGAAAGGCGUAUUUUGCAAGGGCCGGAUUGCAUGAUGUCUUACGGCAUCCAGUUUUCUGAUCGUUGUACUUAAGGAAUUGCUACGACUUUCUGCUUUUACUUUGAGCAUACCGAUGUGAUUCGUGUGAACUUCUGUACGGAGUGAAAGAUAUGCUAGACUGGAGGCAGGAAAGGGCAUCCCUGGCAAAGCCGCAAAAGCAAUAAUGCCUGUGCUCGUUCGGAGUCCGCACCAGUCUGUUGACAACACGCAGCCCCAAGGAGGGCAGGGUUAGAUGCGAAACUAUCCCGUUCUGGC